AAAUAACGAUUUUAGGCGCGAUCCUCUCUCUCUCUCUCUCUCUCUCUGUCAGUUGGGCGGUGGUGAAAAGAAUGCGAAGCACAAAGGAGAGCAAGCGUUCCAAAGAAUCAGCAGCAUCCGCAUCAGGAACUCUGGGUGACAUAUCAGAGGAGGCUGUGGCCAAACUUGUCAGACGUGCAAAUAGAAGUGGGAAAAAGAAAUGUGAGAAUCAACUUCAUCCAUGUGAUUUGAUUGGAAAGCAAGAGUCCGGGCCACAAAGAGACAAAAAAGAUGUGGAUGCAACAGUCGGAUCCAAUGCCUUGGAGACUGAAGCUUGUAGCAGAGAUGCUUUGCAAAAGGUAUCUAGGGAUGCUAAAGGUGAUGGGGAAAGCUUUCAGUGCUCUUUUACGAAUAGCAGGGAAGAACUGAAUGACUCAGAUUGGGAAGAUGGCCCAGUUCCAAUUUCAAAUUCCAUAGGUGGUCAUGAAGUGACUAUUGAAAUAAAUGAGACACCUGAUUCCAGAAGACAGAAACGUAGUCGUCGGGCUUCGGUUGAAGAUAAGGAAUUGGCUGAACUUGUUCAUAAAGCUCAUUUACUCUGUUUAAUUGCACGGGGAAGAUUGAUUGACAGAGCUUGUGAUGAUGCUCUUAUUCAGGCUUCCUUACUUUCUCUUCUACCAGAACACUUGCUGCAUAUAUCCAAGGUUGCAAAACUUACUGCGAAGCAUUUGUUUCCCCUAGUCUGUUGGUUUCAAAAUAAUUUCCGUGUUAGAACUACAAGCGUGAGGAGAUCAUUUCAUUCGGCUCUGAAUUUUGCCCUUGAAACUCGUGAAGGGACCCAAGAAGAGAUUGCUGCAUUGUCUGUGGCACUCUUGAGAGCUUUGAAUCUGACAACCCGGUUGGUGUCCAUUUUGAAUGUUGCCUCCUUAAAACCAGAGGCUGACAAGACUGACUGUUCUAGUGAAGAUGCAAGCAGAUUGAGCAAGGGAAUAUUCAGCACUUCAACCCCAAUGGUGGCUAGAAGAAAUGAGGUUCCUGUGUCUCCUGCUACAAGUAGUGAGAGAAACUCUGUCGGUGAAACUCCUCAGAUCGGUUCAUACAAAAGUAAGGACUGCCACCUUACCAGUAGCAAAACUCGGUGCAAAGUUUCUUAUGCGUAUGAGUUGAAUGAUAAAAUGUCAGAUACUUUAGCUUGUGAGGAAUGGAAUGAUAUGUCUGAAGCAUGCCAUACUAAGAAAUCACAGGAAUCAAAGAGAAGAGGGGAUCUUGAGUUUGAAAUGCAGUUGCAAAUGGCCCUUUCCGCCACGGCAGUUCCGACUGCGGGUAUAAAAAUAGGUUCAGAUAAUAAAGACUCACAUAGUAAUGCUGCAAAAAGAUUGAAAAGAACUGUUUGUGAAGAAUCACCAAUUUCCUCCCAGAGUAUCUCUACUGCAGUUGGAUCGAGAAAAGAAGGAUCCCCAUUGUACUGGGCAGAAGUGUACUGCAAUGGGGAAAACUUGACUGGAAAGUGGCUGCAUAUUGAUGCUAUCAAUGCAAUUAUUGAUGGAGAACUGAAGGUCGAAGCUGUAGCUGCUGCAUGCAAAACGCCUUUGAGAUAUGUAGUUGCUUUCGCUGGGAAUGGGGCUAAAGAUGUGACUCGCAGGUACUGUCUCAAGUGGUAUCAGAUAGCAUCUCAACGAGUGAAUCCAAUUUGGUGGGAUAAGGUAUUGGCACCACUGAGAGAUUUAGAGGUGAGAGCAACAGGAGGCAUGGUCUAUUUGGAGAAAGAACACACUGGUUCCUCAUCUGAACAUAAUAAAGAAAUUUUUUUGAACAACUCUGGCAGUGAGGAAAUGAAUUAUCUUCCAAGCAAUGUCAACUUGAAUGCGAAGUCUAGCCUAGAAGGCUCAAAAGAAACUGGAAAGGGGCUUGAUGUAGAAUCUUCUUCGAGGAGUUUUGAGAUUGCUACCAGGAACUCCCUUGAGGAUAUGGAGUUGGAAACUAGGGCAUUAACUGAGCCUCUUCCAACGAAUCAACAGGCCUAUAAAAACCAUCACCUUUAUGCUAUUGAAAAAUGGCUUACCAAGCAUCAGGUACUUCAUCCGAAAGGGCCAAUUCUGGGGUUUUGUUCUGGUCAUCCAGUUUACCCUAGGACAUGUGUGCAAACUCUAAAGACAAAACACAAAUGGCUGAGGGAGGGGCUGCAAGUUAAACCAAAUGAGCGUCCUGUCAAGGAGUUGAAACGUUCUAUCAAGCUUCAAAAAGUACAGGUUCUUGAAGAUGAUGAUUAUGUCGGGGAUAAUUCAAUUGGAACUAUCGAACUUUAUGGGAAGUGGCAACUUGAACCACUGCAUCUGCCUCAUGCUAUUAAUGGAAAAGUGCCAAAGAAUGAUCAUGGUAAUGUGGAAGUAUGGUCUGAGAAGUGCCUUCCACCAGGGACUGUGCAUUUGAGGUUACCAAGGGUGUUUUCGGUUGCCAAGAGACUAGAAAUUGAUUAUGCUCCCGCCAUGGUUGAUUUUGAAUUCAAAAAUGGUCAAUCAUAUCCUGUCUUUGAUGGUAUAGUGGUGUGCGCUGAGUUCAAGGAUGCAAUAUUGGAGGCUUAUGCAGAGGAACGGGACAGAAGAGAGGCUGUAGAAAAGAAAAGAUAUGAAAUGCAAGCUAUUUCACGGUGGUAUCAGCUUCUGUCUUCCAUUGUAACUCGACAAAGGAUACAAAACCGUUAUGGGGAGUCUUCAUCUACAGCAUCAGCUGAGACUGAAAAUGUGCAUAGGAAACUAGAUGUACAGCUUGGUGGUGGUCAGAAUGAUGAGGAAGGAGGCCUACAUGAAAAUACACCGGAUGAUCCUACCAUCGAGCUGGACAAUCAUGAGCAUGUAUUCUUGACAGAAAACCAGAGUUUUGAUGAAGACAACUUGGUAGUUACAAAGAGGUGUCUGUGUGGAUUUUCAGUACAAGUGGAAGAACUGUAGCAUCGCCACUGAACUAAUAUUCCUCGGAGUUAAAAUUAUGGUGCUUGUUACAAUCUAAGAAUAUUUGAGAAUUACCAGUUGAACGCCGUACUAUAAUUUUCUACUCUUGUCAGGAACUGAGCUCACAAUGAACGACCUACCAUGUGUUUUUGACAUUCUGAGUCCAUUCUGACUCUAAUUAGCAAGGUGAGUUGGAUGUAAAAGAUUAUAGUGGUGUACAGGAAAAUUUUAGUUGAUCCUAUUUUCCAAGAAAUGGGAAGGGCACUAUAAUUUGUUUUC